ACGCUUGUGUUGUUCUCAUUCUAUGACCGUUGUAAAUGUUAAGUGAAAAUUCAUAAAAAAAAAAUAUAUACUUAAAUAACUAUAUAUUUGUUUAAUAUUUUUUUUUUGUCAUUUAUAUUACAGUGAUUUUUAUUCGAAUUAUUUUAGAAUGACUAAUAGAUAUUCUUUUGUUGAAAAAAUUACAUUUCACUAAUUUUGAUUAUAUAUGACACUCGUCACUAAUAUUCAACAAUUAAAUUAACUCUUAUAAUUAUGUAUAAUAACAAUGUUUAAUGUUGAAGUGAAUUUUGUACAAGAAAAUUCCCCUUCCAAUAUGAAUAAAUCUGUGGAAAAUUUAUUGAUAUCAAGUCACGAUGUUAUCAGUAGUAUUAAUUCAUCAUCAAUGUCAGGACAAAUUUCUACAGGAAGCAAUGGAAAUGAAAUUAAUUCAGAUAAUUUUCAUGAUAUAUCAUCAGAUAAUGCAAAUAUUAUUCCAAGUCCUAAUUUAUCACCUAAAUCAACUCCACAUAUUUCAUCAAUACAACUUGAUUAUUUAAAGGAACGAAUUGAUUUAAAUUCAAUAUCACCAAAAGAAUCAAAACGGAAAGUUCAACAACUUACGCCAGAUGAUACUGAUAAAUAUUUAACACAAAGUGGUAAAAACAAAGGAAGAAGUUCAACUCGUAGUAAAAAAAAAUCAUCAUGGUAUAAUCUUCUUUAUCCAACUUAUAAAUCGCGUUCAGAAGAUUUUAAAAGAAUUUUUAAAGAUAUACCAAAUGAAGAGAGACUUGUUGUGGAUUAUUCAUGCGCAUUGCAAAGAGAAAUUCUUGUUCAUGGCAGAUUAUAUGUAACACAAAAAUAUAUUUGCUUUUAUGCGAAUAUUUUUAUGUGGGAAACAUUGGUAUCAUUACAUUGGAAAGAUGUGACAUCAAUUACUAAAGAAAAAACUGCUCUUGUUAUUCCAAAUGCAAUUUCACUUACUACUGAUAAUGAAAAAUAUUUUUUAACUUCAUUUGGUGCAAGAGAUAAAACAUAUUUAAUGUUGUUUCGUAUUUGGCAAAAUGCAUUAAUUGGCGAGCCAAUGGGUAUGGCUGAAAUGUGGCAACUUGUACAUACAUGCUAUGGAAAUGAAUUAGGUUUAACUUCAGAUGAUGAAGAUUACAUUCCACCGCCACCACAAGCAAUAACGAGUGAUGAAAAAUUAUCAACACGUUUAUCACUUGAUUCAUUUUCAGAGUCAGAGGGAUUUAAAUCAGAAAAAGCAGAGUCACCGAUAAGUCUUGAUAUUGAAACGCAUUUAAAACUUGAGUCAACAUCAAAAAAUGAAAUAGUACUUGAUCCAACUGAUCUUAGUGAUACAACAGAAAGUGAUGUUGAAAAACAGGCUGUGAAAUUACCUAUUCGUUGUAAUGCAGUGUGCACUUCUUCUCACGAAGGUCGACAACUUGUAAAUACAACAUUGCCCAUUCAUAUAGAUCAAUUAUUCACUCUUCUAUUUACAAAUUCGAAAUUCUUUUUAGACUUUCAUUCAGCAAGAAAAACAACAGAUUUAGUACGCUCUGCGUGGACUCAAAAUCCAGAAUCGGGACAAAAAAUAAGAACAGUUACACUAACAAUGUCUUUAACACAAUCAGUUGGUCCAAGAUCAUCUCAAGUUACUGAGAAUCAGAUCAUGCUACCAUGUAGUAGGCCAGGCCAUUUGUAUUCUAUUGAUGUGGAAAGUUCAAAUGCUGGUAUUCCAUAUGCCGAUUCAUUUAGUGUAGAAAUUCAUUAUUGCUUAACAAGUGUAGGAGAAAAUGAAACAUGUCUCACUGUAUUCGCUCAAAUAAAAUACAAGAAAAAUGUUUGGGCAAUAGUAAGAACAUUCAUUGAGAAAAAUUGUUGGGCUGGUUUAGAGGAAUAUUUUAAUAGUUUAAUAAAAGCAAUAAGUGUUGAGUGUGAGGAAAAUAAUACUGUUACCGGAGGAACAACAAAUGGUUUAAAAAGAAAAACGAGAAGAAGAAGAAGAACAACAAAUGUUGGUGUCUCAUUACAAGCUCAUGCUCCCGAUCUUUUGUCAAAUAAUCCAUCAAAUAUCGUCGUUUUACCACACAGUCAAGUAACAGAUUUAAGAGGCGAUGCAAAUUCUAUUCUUAGUUGGGUUCUUUUAUUUGCAAUUUUAUUUUUAACUGUUAUCAAUGCACUGUUGUACUAUAAAUUAUGGGGAUUAGAAGAAGCUGCUACUUAUACUGUCAUGGAUAUGCAUAUUUUAAAGAAUACGCCAAAAUCUGAGGAAGAAUGGAUUAAUUUAUUGCAACAGCAAGAAAGUUUACAUAACGUUGAAAUGAGAAAAUGGCAAAGGGUUCUCCAUACUGCCGCACAAUUAUUAAGACAGACCGAAGAGUCCCUGACGGAACUUCAAAUGAGCAUGCAUCCAACGGCGACAGAAAAAAUGUUCUCAAUAUUGAAGCCUGGAAUUAAAACAAGAAAUUCUGAAAAUCGAGAAUUGUAGCAAUAAGUUAAUUUACACGCAUUUGUUAAAGAUGACAGAAGCUUUUUUUGGAAACUAUCAAGUAACAAAUUAAAUGUACUUUUGUGCUGAUGAACUUAAUUUUUUUUCGAUAAAUACAGGAAGUAAGCUUGUUUAAAUAUACUUGCAUUUUAUAAACUUGCCAUUUUCAUUCCGCGAAUUGCAAAUAUUUCACAAAAAAAAUAAGACUAAAAAUAAUAUCAAAUUUCAGUUGAUAAAAGUAUUAAGUGUAAAAAUAAAAAAAAAAAAACAAAU